GUAUGUAUUUAUGUAUGUUGAUCGAGCAUUUUGUAUGUAGAGAAAACUGCGUGGGCUUUGUACAAUUAAACUGGAAUACGUACGAAAAGUAGUCUAAAAGUUUUUUGAAUCGUGUAGUUAAACACAAUUAUGGCAAGAAGCGAUACAGAACGUCGAAGAACAAACGAUGAGCCGCCUACAAAGAAAAAGAAAGCAAACGACCAAAUUGAAACAAAAACAGGAGGAGCGUAUAUUCCACCUGCUAAGCUGCGUAUGCUACAGCAACAAAUAACUGACAAACAAAGUGUUGAAUAUCAGAGAUUGAGUUGGGAAGCUUUAAAGAAAAGUAUAAAUGGUUUGGCGAAUAAGGUCAACAAAUCUAAUAUCAAGGAUAUUGUACAAGAACUAUUUCAGGAGAAUAUUGUCAGAGGAAGGGGAAUCCUUGCAAGAUCCAUUCUUCUUGCCCAGAAUGCUUCACCUACUUUCACCCAAGUAUAUGCUGCCCUUACUGCCAUCAUCAACUCAAGGUUCCCACAAAAUGGGGAAUUAGUUUUACGUCGAGUUGUUUCACAGUUCCGAAAAUCAUUCAGAAGAAACCAAAAAGAUACUUGUCUUCAUUCAGUUCAAUUCAUUGCCCACCUAAUCAACCAGCAAGUAGCACACGAAAUUCUUGGAUUGCAGAUUCUAACCUUAAUGUUGGAAACACCAACUGAUGAUUCUGUGGAAGUGGCUGUCGGAUUUUUAAAAGAAUGUGGUCAAAAACUUGGUGAACUUUCCCCAAGAGGUUUAGCUGCUGUGUUUGAACGACUACGAGUUAUUUUACACGAACAACAGUUGGAAAAAAGAGUGCAAUAUAUGAUAGAGGUGAUGUUUGCAAUACGAAAAGAUGGAUUUAAAGAACAUCCUUCUAUGGUUGAAGAGUUAGAUUUGGUUGAUGAAAGUGACCAAUUCACCCACAUGCUAACCAUAGAUGAUGAUAAUGUUAAAGGGUUGGAAAUGGAACUAAAUGUCUUUCGAGUAGACCCGGAAUUUCAGGAAAGUGAAGAAAAUUACAAACAAAUCAAAAAAGACAUCCUUGACCAGAGCAGCGAAGGAUCAGGAAGCAGCGGAUCAUCUUCAGAGUCAUCUGAUGAUGAGGAAGAAGAAGAAGACAAAACUGUUGAGAUUGAAGAUCGAACUGAAACUAAUCUUGUCGCGUUACGUCGUACAAUUUAUCUUGCCAUCCAAUCAAGUUUGUCGUAUGAAGAAUGUGCGCAUAAGAUAUUAAAAAUGGAAUUUUCUGAAAAAGAUUAUGGUGAAAUAUGUGCCAUGAUUAUCGACUGUGCUUCACAACAACGAACUUAUGAAAAGUUUUUUGGAUUGUUGGGUGGGCGUUUUUGUUUGCUGAAGAAAGAAUUUAUGGAACAAUUUGAAACUUUAUUUAAAGAGCAAUACGACACAAUACAUCGCUUGGAAACUAACAAACUGAGAAAUGUUGCAAAGUUCUUUGCUCAUCUUCUUCAUUCCGACUCUCUUCCAUGGAGUGUCCUUUCUCACAUCGUAAUCACGGAGGACACAACAACAUCAUCUUCAAGAAUUUUCAUCAAGAUUUUGUUCCAGGAGAUUGCCGAGUACAUGGGGAUUACUAAGCUUAAUGAAAGACUGAAAGACCCCACUCUUGCCCCAUUUUACGAAGGUUUAUUCCCAAGAGACAAUCCAAAGAACUCCAGAUUUUCGAUCAACUUUUUUACGUCUAUUGGACUGGGUGGUGUCACUGAUGAACUUCGCGAACAUUUGAAGAACUCAACGUAUAUUUUAUCACAAAAAUUGCAAGCGGAGCAAUUAGCGGCUCUUGCUGCGGGCUCCUCUUCUUCUUCUUCAUCUUCCUCAUCAGAUGAUGAGUCAUCUGAUUCAACUUCAUCAUCAGAUUCUGAUGCAAAAAAGAAAAAGAAAUCAAAGAAAAUGAAACGAAAGUCCAAAAAAACUUCAAAAAAGAAGUCUUCCAAAAAAUCUAAAAGAAAAAGAAAGAAAAGUGAAAGUUUCUCACAGAGCUCUUCUGAGGAUAAGGAGGAAAACACUUCAUCGGAGGACUUGGAUCAACCUCCUCGUAUGAAAUCAACAGUAACGAUGUUGAAUGGUCCAACAUCCAAAGAUCGAUCUGUGGAAGAAAGGGAUGAGAAGAGCUCGGAUGAUGAGAGAGAGCAGGAUCGGAGGAGAGAAAGAUCUCCAAGGGAAGAUGAGGAGUACAGGAGGCUCGAGGAUGAUAUUUCGAAUAAAAUAAGAUCCGAGCGCACAAGGCAUCAUAGAGGGAGUGAAGAGAGACAAAUGGAAGAUCGGAGGUCAAAACGUGAAGGGAGGCAGGAAAGUGAGAAGGAAGGGCGGCGUUCAAGAAGAGAGAAGAGUGUGGAAAAAGAGAAAGAAGAGCGAAGAUCAAGACGUGUUGGGAGUGAAGAGAAAGAUAUGGAAGAGCGGACUUCAAGGCGGCGAGGAAGGGAGAAUAAUGAAAAGAAAGAACGGCAGUCUAGGAGAAAUGGGAGUGUGGAUAAAGAGAAAGAAGAACAAAGAACAAGACGUGUUGGGAGGGAAGAAAAUGAGAUGGAGGAGCAGCAAUCAAGGUAUGAAGGAAGGGAGAACAGAAGAGGAAGAUCCGAGGAAAAAUAUCAGAAGUCACAAAAACAUUCAUCUCAUAAACGAAGGGAACGUUCACCUGAAAAACAUGGAUUAAAAUCAAACAUGGGUAACUCAAGUAGUGAUAGCAGUGAAGAAAAUGCAAAAGAGAAUCGAUCAAGAGCAAAAGAAAAAAGAAAUCAAAAUAAGAGAGUAAAAAAUAAGAAAAAGGUUCAGAGAUCUGAUAGUUCUUCUAGUAGUUCAAGUGAAAGAGACACUUACACUAGAAAACAUCGCUCUAGAGUUUACUAGGUUGGAAAAAGAAAAUGUGUUAGUAAUGAUAAAUAACUUGUUCGAUUUAAAUUAAAACAAGUGUUUAAAAAUUAUGUUGACCCAUUUGUGAAUUCAUAAAUGUAAAUAUUUUGUAUGAAUUUGCACGAAAACAGAAAACUUUGAAAUAAAAUCACUAUGCUUCUGUUUUGUA